AUGUCUGCGCCCGACCCCUCGUCGCCGCUCUGGCCGCCCGAUCUGCCCGGUGGCGUUGCGAUGCAGGAAUCCAUCCUCCGCACCGCUGGCGCCGCCCACGCAAGGGUCCGCGAUGACCUCUCGAUUCCGAGUGAGGAAGCGCCCUCCCGAGCCACAGGCAAUACUAUCGAUGCGAACAAUGCGAUCCGCGAACAGGCUCCGGCUUUGCGACCGCCAGCGCAUCGGCCGGCGUCGCCACCGGCCGAUCUCUACAUGUCGGAUUCAGAAAUGACCGAUACGCUGUCGGAGAUGGGCGGUGUUCCCCUCGGUCCAUAUCUCAGCGGACAAAUUGCGCUCGACAGUUGGGUGGAGCAUUUUGUGAACACGGCCAUCGCGCGCCACCAGAUGGCGACCAUCUCGGAAGAUAGCGAUGACGAUGAGGAUGCAGGUCUUAUCAUGGACUACGAGACCCCGAUGGAAGGGACCCCCGAGAUCCUUCCGCCGACGCAGGAGGACGAUCUGGACGAUACGCACAAAUUCUAUUCCGACGACCUCGUUGGAGACGCCAGUGACGAUGAUGACGACGUUACCGCGAAUUACCAUAUCAGUGAAGACUCGGAAUCACUUUCGGAAGUCGACUUCGAUGAUUUCUACCGCGGCUUUGGCCCCGUCUAUGACGCGCAAUUUGCAGAGGUGGGGGUGGUCCCGGGACAUGACGAUCACAACUAUUUUCCAGAAGGCGAAGAUCCCAACGCUCCCGACGUUACAGACCCUCAUUUUCCACCUUCCGCCGUGCACGGAACAACCCACGAAAAGAACUUCACCAUCGACCAGUUCAUCCAGCAAUGGAUGGGACAGUCAUCCGCCGCCGCCAUCCCGGGUCUCCCCCCGCUGGCCGCCAGCCUCACCAACUCUCCCAUCUCGAGCAUCCUGGCCUGGAAGCCGCCGGCGAAGAUCACUCGGCCCAGUCGAUAUCCACGCGACUUUUACGACAUCCAGCAAAUCCCGUGGUGGCAGGCCCUCCGGGUGCAUCGGUCCGAUGCGCGCGACCUACGAGAUCUCUGGUACACUUCGUACCACAACGUGGAGUACUCGGAGCAACGGCCGGGGAAACGGCCGCCACAGGAGGAGCACUACUUUCGGGAAAAGGCCAUGUACACCAAGUGCAAGGCGACCUUUGAGCACUUCCAACUUCGCAAUCUGAUGUCUGUCGCCGCAUACAACACCGUCCACUUUGCCCACAAGUCGAAGCUUUAUUCGUGGAUACCUGCGUAUGACGACCUGACCUGUCUGAUCGAUCUAUCCAAACCGCGGCCAGAAACGGGCUUCCAGGGUCCCGUCAGGAUCUCGACGAUGAAGUCCGCCCACGACGUCGCCAUCGCCGGUGGGUUCAAUGGCGAAUACGCCCUGCGCGCCGUGGGUACCGACGGUGCGGGGGUGGAAGGGUUCGUCACCAAGGAAUUCAGCGGUAUCACGAACCACGUCGACAUCGUUCCGAGCCGCUCGAGCCGCUCCCCGCUAGGUAUCUUCGCAUCCAAUGAUCGCCACCUGCGGGUGCUCGACUGCGAGACUAACACCUUCAUCGCGGACCACGAGCUAUCCCGCGCCAUCAACUGCACCUCCACCUCGCAAGACGGACGCCUCCGCGUGGUCAUCGGGGACUCCCCGGACGCGUGGGUGAUCGAGGCCGACACUGGGCGUCCGGUCCACCCACUGCGGGGCCACCGCGAUUUCGGGUUCGCGUGCGCCUGGUCGCCGGACAUGCGCCACAUCGCAACGAGCAACCAGGACAAGACGGUGAUCAUCUGGGACGCGCGCACGUGGCGCAUCCUCGAGCGGAUCGAAUCAGACGUCGCCGGGUACCGGUCGCUGCGGUUCUCGCCCGUCGGCGGCGGACCGCGCACGCUGCUGCUGUGCGAACCAGCCGACCGCAUCGCUGUGGUCAACGCGCAGACCUACCAGACGCGCCAGGUGCACGACUUCUUCGGCGAGAUCGGCGGCGCCGACUACUCAGCGGACGGGUCGACGAUCUGGGUGGCGAACACGGACGAGCACGUCGGUGGGUUCAUGGAGUACGAGCGGCGCCAAUGGGGGCAGCGGUAUGGACCGCGCGAGCUGGCGCACGAAUGGGUGCGCGAGUCGGAGCUGGACGAGGACGCGCGCUGCGUGCUGAGCGACCGCGAGCGCCAAAUGCGGUUUUGGUGGAACCUCAGCGAUGAGGAGCAUGAGCGAUUGUUGGUGUAG